ACUCAUUCGCAGCCGGAAGUAGACUGCACAGGUAAUCCGUUUCGCAGAGGCCACAGUUACUGAAUAAAAUGAACAAGUUUAGGCAGCUAAAGAGAACCCUAUCCACCAUUGGAAUUAUAGUAUGUUGCAUAAUGCUGAUCCACAUCAAUUUUCCAUGGAUGAAAGCAUUUUUCCAACCAGAUUCACGUCUUAUUCUGAACAGCGCUGGUGGAAAGUCAGCAGCAGUGAAAAAAAUGAUGGCAGUGAGAGAUUUUCCACUAAAAUAUGGAAAUAGUAUUGUGCAACAAACAGAGGAGGUCAUAGGAGUUCCACUUAGACAAGGAGAUAUGUCAUUCGAGGAAAUUAAAAAAUCUCGGUGGAUUGACACAGAGAAAUAUUCACCAGAUAGUGAGCUAAAUUUUGUGCCACCUGUUCCGAAGUUCUCAGUAUUUGAUAUUGUGUAUCAAUUAAAAGCAAAUAUUAUGAAAAAAUAUCUAGCACUUGACAAGAGGAAAUAUGAAAAUCAAAGUGUUGUUAUUCUGACUCCAAUACAUAAUAGUGAGAAUGAUCUGGUGCAAUAUGCACAGUUAAUCAGGGAGCUUGAUUAUCCAAAACAUAAACUUUCUAUUGUCUUUGGUGAAGAUGGCAGUGAAGACCAAACACUUAAAGUAGGAAGAGACCUAUUGGAUGAAUUCCGCCAACAAGGAUUCCGUAGGGCUGAAAUUUACCAUUUCAACUUAACGGGUCAAAUUACUGGCGACUGGAAUAGUAUUCACGACCAGGUGCUACAGUAUAAACGUAGAAAACAUCUCGCCAAAGCUCGAAAUCUGCUCCUCAAGACUGGAUUAAAAGAUGAAGAAUAUGUGCUGUGGAUCGAUGCUGACGUUGGAGUGCUCCCGUCCGAUUUAAUCCAACAGUUGAUCUAUGCAAAUGUAGAUGUUGUUACUCCAUGUUGUUUAUACAAAAAGGGUCAGUAUACCAAUGUCUAUGAUAAAAACUCUUGGAGAGAAACUGAGUAUUCACUACAAGAGCAAACAAAACUCAGUAAAACGCAACUUGUUUUGGAGGGAUAUGGACCCACCAUUAGACUUUAUUUACCUCACUUGAGAGGAGAGGGAAGAGUAGUUCCUCUUGAUGGAGUAGGGGGGUGCAGUUUACUAGUCAAGGCAGAGUGCCAUAGGAAAGGACUAAAUUUCCCAGAGGAGAUUUUUCAAUUUCAUAUUGAAACUGAGGGACUCGCAAAACUUGCCAGGAGCAUGGGCUUUGGUGUUUAUGGGCUGCCAUUUGUGGAAGUAUAUCACAAAUAAUGCUGUAUAUUGUACAAAGUUUCUUUUAGCAUUGAUUCUAGUUUUAUUGGGUGAAAGGAGUACUGAAUGUUAUGUAUAAAGUGUUUGUUUAGAAUAUUAAUGGCAUUUUGAUUUGCAAGCCAAAAUAUACAAGAGCUGAUGAUUGAUGAGUGCUUCAAAUUUUUACAUCAGUCAUUUAAUAAAAGCAUAUAUUUUGACAUUUUGUAAAAAAAAAAAAAAAGAUACUGUUUUAAUAUGGAGGUUUUGAGACUUUAUUGUUAUCUUUAGUAUUUUUUUUCCUCAUAUUGACACAUUCCAAUAUUUUCAUAUGAGAAAUUCGUGAUCAAACAAGAAAAUUGUGAUUAUCAGGUAUGUCAAGAUUGGUUCAUGGCUUUUUUGUAUAAAUUCGGAACCUAUGUAAUGUUGUUAUGUUCCUCAUGGAGCUUGACCUCAUCUCAGGUUAAAUUUUCCCCAUUACAUUUUUACCUUUAGGCAUGUUCGGAGUUACAGCUAUAUUAUAGUGUUGAGUUAUAUCAAAUGCAAGACUUUUUUCCCUAAACCAAAGAGAAUUAUUUAAAAAUGCACCUGCAUAGAUUUAAAAAGUUUUCAACUUUUCUGAUAUUUCUAAAUACAUGUAUAUCAAAAAUCAUUUUAAACUUGCAUUUUAACAUCUUAAAGUAAACUAUUAUGACUGCACUUGUUUGUAUACAUCAUUUUUAUACGCCCGUCUUUAGACGGGACAUAUUAUGGUACAGUGAUGUCUGUACGUCCGUCGGUCCAUCCGUUCGUGGUUUUCUCUUUAUAAUUUCAUUUCCCUUUCACAUAUCAUGCUGAAACUUGCUGUGUAGCUUCUUUGUGAGUCACUCUAGAUCAUACUGCAAUUUUGAUCCAUUUCAACCUUUUUUCCAGGAGUUUUGCCCCUUUAUUUGGAAAUAAUUAUUAUAUGGAAGAUACAUAAUUUGUCCGCCCUACUCCUCCCACAGUUUUCAAGUGAGAGCCUUCUUAUUUUGUGGAGUGUUUGUAUGGGUAUUGAAAAUGUGCAUGUGGGAUGGAUUUUGAUUUUCUACAAUUUUUGAGAAAAUUACAGGUUGUUGAACUUAGUCUAUUUGGAAAUUAAUAUUCUAUGGAGGGUACAUAAUUUGUCCGCCCAACUCCUCCCACAGUUUUCAAGUGAGGACCAUCUUAUUUUGUGGAGUGUUUGUAUGGGUAUUGAAGUUGUGCAUCUGGGGAAGGAUUUUGAUUUUUCUUCCAUUUUUGAAAAAAAUUACAGGUUGUUGAACUUGGUCCAUUUUGAGGAAAUCUUGAUUUUUAAGCUAAGACCCUUUGUUCAUAUGAAAGUUUGUCACAGCCUCAUGAUGGUUAUACUACCUGAAGCAAAGUUAUACAAAUUAUAUCACAAGAAAAACACCCUAUGUAAGCAUUUCACGGGCGUAUUAUGUACCGUUUGCGCUACUCUUGUUAAAAAAUUGUAUUUUGUACAAUCAUGUUGAACUAUAUAUAUAUUUUUUGUUAGCACUCAUUUUAAUUGUAUUCAUAUUUUAUUACUGUUGGCACCAAACUAAGAGUUCAUGCUUAUUUAUGACGCCAAAUUAUGAAUUUUUAUUUUGCUAUUGGUCUGUGUCUGUCAUUGUGCGUUGUCCGUUAACAACUUCUUUCCAGAAACUGCUAAGCCAAUGUUGACCAAAUUUGGUAUGUAGCAUCUGUAAGUGAAGGAGACUGGAAAUUGUAAAAUUUCAUGACCCCCCACCCUAAGGGGCCUUAAUUUUGGGGUAAAAACUGUAAAAUUGACGUAUUUCUUUAAAAAUCUUCUUCUUUACUCCUGGGCAUCUAGCAGAGAAAAUGAGUAUUAGUAAUGAUGAGUAAGGAUACUUCUACCAAAAUUGUAAAUUUCAUGACCCCCUGGGUAGGAGUUCUGACCCCAGGGCGGUGCCAAACUUACUAUUAGUGUUUAUGUGUAAAACACUUAAAUAACAUCUUCUUUAGUUCUGUUGAUACUAAAUUGAAACUAUCAAAAUGGAUAUUUAGUCCUUUACCAAAAUUGUAAAUUUGAUGAUCCCAGGGGUAGGGGUUUUCGUAAUAGAGUGGGGCCAAACUUAGUAUAUAAUAUUUAUGUUUAAGUUUGCUGAUACUUUAUCAAAUCUAAAUGCAUACUUAGGAAUAGCAGAAAAAGAUGUUCAAAAAAUGGUGAAUUUCACAACCCAGGGUUUUGACUCUAGGAUGGGUCCAAAUUAGUCAUAUUUUUUAAUGUUAAUUAUAUAUUACAUUAUGUAAAGCCUUUCAUCAGUGUAUGCACUUUUGAGGGCAUUGAAGUUUUAAGAACACAUCUUGUUUUAUACUGUUGCUAGAACAUUAGAAUUUAGCUUAGAUAUCGAGAACAGGAAUUUUUUUCUAGAUUUCAUAGCCCUUGGGAGUAGUGAUACUUUUUCACUGUACUCAGGUGACCGGUAAGGCCUGUGGGCUAGUGAUACUUUUUCACUAGUACUCAGGUGACCGGUAAGCCUGUGGGCCUCUUGUUUAUUGAUCUUGCAUUAUUGUACAUGACAAAUGUGCUAAUUCCUGAUAAAUCCAAACUACGCAUUAGCUUUGAUUAAUUCUAAAAGAAGUGCACACACAUUGUAGAUGAUUAGUGAAUAAUCUUGUCAUUUUCUGUUGUUUCCUUAAAAUUUUAUGCAAUUAAUUUACACAAUACAAUGAUUAUCUGUAUGAGCAGUAAAUCUGAACGUUCCCUGAACUACUUCAUAUGAUGAAUGACUAUAGUACAAUGAUCUAUAACUGAAAUGAUUUUUUUUUUAAAAUGAUGUUUAUACCUUUAUAAAAUGACCUUAAGAGACCUUGGUCCAAAAGAUCAAUAACUGUUGAAAUAUUGUUGAAAUGAUUUUUUUUCAUAUGCAAGGUAUAUGUUCUUAGUGACCUUGACCUUUAUAAAAUGACCAUUGUCUGAAAGCCACUUGCCCAUUACUUAUUUGUGUGAUAAAUGAUUUAUACCUGUUGAAAUAAGGAACUUUUUUCUUACACAAGAUAUAUGCUCCAAGUGAUCUUGAACUUUUAAAAAUAUCCUUGGUCAGAAAGAUCAAUAACUGUUGAAAUGAAGGUCUUUUUUCAUUUACAUGGUCUAUGUUCCGAGCAACCUUGACCUUUAAAAAAUUACCUCAAGGGACCUUUGUCCGAAAGUCAUUUGCCUAAAAAAAAUUUUGUGAUGCAUGAUUGUUGCAAGCCACAGCCGAAAAGUACACUCCUCUUCCUUUUGAGCGUACAUUUCAGCCAUGUUGUAACGUUGAUACAUGAUCAAUGCCUGUUCAAACUUUUGAGUGACCUGAGGUUGUGUCCAUCUAGCGAGUUCUUAUCUUCAAAACCUUUCAUCACAUACUGAUCAUAAAUAUUCCUUGGGAUUGGACUUUUGGACCAAGGUAAUUUUCUUUACAAUGCCUUAACUUAGGAAUCUGAAAUUUGAUUUGAUUGAAUGAGUAGAUACACAAUGGGUUUCACUUUUGUUACUGUUGAAAUCAGACUGUUGAAUUGUUCUGACAAAAAUUGUAAAACUGUGUCUCAUGUUUAAUUGAAUAGAUUCUUGUACAAUG